AUGGACACCAAUGCCGACACUUGUUGCCUUGGCAAGAACUUUGUGAUCAUGAGUUACACACCAAGAUCAGCAGAUGUAUAUGCAUACGACCCCGCAUUACCACCGACAAACCUCCCUAUUGUGUCGGGAGCAACUGCUUUUGAUUGUCCACAGACUGGUAAAAUGUUCAUCUUGAUAAUUAACGAAGCACUCUACUAUGGGAACCGAUUGGACCAUUCACUAAUCAACCCAAACCAGGUACAAAGUUUCGGAAUUCCCCUAUGGGAUAACCCUUUUGACGAAACAAGGCAUGUUGGUAUUGAAUCCAAAAAGAUAUUCAUAGCAUUAAAGGCAAAAGGCACAAAGUUACUUCUUGAUUCGAGGGCGCCAACUGAACAAGAACUUGCAACCUGUCUCCACAUCGACCUGACGAGCAAGGUGCCGUGGAACCCAGGAACUGUCCAACUUGGUAAGGUCUCCGCAGCCCACGUCGUGCUAUUUCUAUUUCCAUAA